AUGACCCAGGUCUGCCAGAGCAAGUCCAAGUCCGUUCACAGGCAAGGCUUUCCUCAAGAAGCUGGAAUCCAGGAAAACCACUUUGACAACAAAAUUCUUGAAGGGCAAUGGAAGGACACGUCCAUCUCAUCAGAAUCCACUAAUGGGUCUUCGCCCGUUGACACUCCCGCUUUGGAGUCCACGAGCAAAGAAGCCUAUUUCAGCAGGCACCCGCUCAAGUGGGCGGGCAAACCCCACGAGCUGUCUCCCCUCGUGUGUGCCAAGUACGGCUGGACCAACGUGGAGUGCGACAUGCUGAAGUGCUCCAGCUGCCAGGCCUUCCUCUGCGUGAGCGUGCAGCUGGCCUUCGACUUCAGCAAGUAUAAGGAGCGCUGCGUGGAGCUGAAGAAGGCCUUGUGCACCGCUCACGAGAAGUUCUGCUUCUGGCCUGACAGCCCCUGCCCAGAUCGCUUCGCUGUCUUGCUGGUGGACGAGCCCAGAGCCCUUCUCCAGGACUUCCUGGAGCGCUUUCAGAGCCUGUGUCAGCUGGAGCUGCAGCUGCCCUCCCUUAGACCUGAAGACAUGAAGAACAUGGCCCUGACGGAGGAGAAGAUCAGGCAGCUCCUGCAGCUGAUCGGAGAGGAGCCCGAGCACAAAACGGAGGGAGAGAAAGCUCCGGUGAAGUUUUCUUCGGAAAUGCUGCACGUGCACGUUCCUGCCUGCGUCCUGGCUCUGUGCGGCUGGACUUGCAGCGCUGCAUCCGGCUCCAUGCACCUCCCGGUGAUCACCUGCUCCCGCUGCAUGAGGAAGGUGGGACUGUGGGGAUUCCACCAGCUGGAAUGCGCGGGGCCGGAGCUGGACUCCGGCGGCCUGAGCGGUGCCCCGCAGUCUCCUGCCGAGCGCGGCCCGGCUGUGCCCACGUCCCCACGCAGGAUGCUCACGCGGAGCCAGGACUCGCUGCCUCCGGGCUCCGAGCAGCCUGAGAAGAGCCCGUCGCCAGCGAUGUCCCGCCUGCGGGGCUGGGACUGUCCCAGCCCCGUGGAGCGGGGCGAGGCGGAGGCCGCCAGCCCCGUGCUCAGGAGCCGCCCCGUCACCCGCAGCAUGGGGCAGGAGGACAACGUGGAGGUGCCGUCCAGCCCGCACCGCAGAACCAAGCGGGGCCGGUUCUGCUCUUCCAGCAGCUUGGACACUUCCACGAGGAGCUUCUUUGAUCCCAGCACGCAGCAUCGCGACUGGUGUCCCUGGGUCAACGUGGUGGAAGGAGGGGAAGCCCAGGAGAACCCCGUGGAGAAGGAGCCUGUGAAGGCAGAGCCGGGCUGGCGGGUGGUGCUGAACACGCUCUUGGCCACCAGGAAGUGUGACAGACUGCCCGAGACGGAGCCUGUGAGCCUCUCGGUGAAGUCCUGCAAGGUGUUCCGCAUUUUCCGCCAGUGGGAGAGCAUGAAUUCCUCCUGAGCGCUCUGGAGCC